GGGGGCGGGAGAGGAGAGCGCGCGCACUGCGCGCCUUUCCGUUACUGCUGGCGCGCGCGCGCGUGUAGCAAGCGUGAAGGGUCGCGCGCGGGGGAAGCGAAGUCGCGAGACCGAGAGCAGCGCGAGGCAGUUUCCCGCUUUGCCCUUCGGGCCGAACCGCGAACGUGAGGCGGAGGCGCCAUCGUAGCCCUCACCGGCCGCGGAGAGAGGCUCCGCCCGGACCCGUAACGGGGGCGAGCCAGCGUCGGCCCGAAGCGCUGUAGGCCGCUGUCGGCGGAGCUCACGCAGACUCCGCCGGCUCGGCCCGGCCGGGCCCCGCGCGCUCAGGAUGUCGGCGCAGGCCCAGAUGCGCGCCAUGCUGGACCAGCUCAUGGGCACGUCCCGGGACGGGGAUACUACCCGUCAGCGAAUCAAAUUCAGUGAUGACCGAGUGUGCAAGAGUCACCUCCUAAACUGCUGCCCUCAUGAUGUCCUCUCUGGAACUAGGAUGGACCUUGGAGAAUGUCUGAAGGUGCAUGACCUGGCAUUAAGAGCAGAUUAUGAAAUUGCAUCCAAAGAACAAGACUUUUUCUUUGAGCUUGAUGCAAUGGAUCACCUGCAGUCAUUCAUUGCCGACUGUGACAGAAGAACUGAAGUGGCUAAGAAAAGACUAGCAGAAACCCAAGAAGAGAUCAGUGCUGAAGUUGCAGCUAAAGCUGAACGAGUUCAUGAAUUGAAUGAAGAAAUUGGGAAGCUAUUGGCCAAAGUAGAACAGCUGGGAGCUGAUGGAAAUGUGGAGGAGUCCCAGAAAGUAAUGGAUGAAGUGGAGAAAGCAAGGGCAAAGAAGAGAGAAGCAGAGGAAGUGUACAGGAAUUCAAUGCCUGCCUCCAGCUUUCAGCAGCAGAAGCUCCGUGUCUGUGAAGUGUGUUCUGCCUACCUUGGUCUUCAUGAUAAUGACAGGCGACUUGCUGACCACUUUGGAGGAAAACUGCACUUAGGGUUUAUCGAAAUAAGGGAGAAACUUGAGGAGCUCAGGAGGGUUGUGGCUGAUAAACAGGAAAAACGGAAUCAGGAGCGCCUGAAACGCAGAGAGGAGAGGGAGAAAGAAGAAAGGGAGAAGCUAAGGAGGUCCAGAUCCCAUAGCAAGAAUCCCAGAAGAUCUAGGUCUCGAGAUCGCCGCAGACAUCGGUCUCGCUCUGCCUCCCGGGAACGAAAGAGAAGAACUCGCUCCAAAUCCCGUGAGAAACGCCACCGUCACAGGUCUCGCUCCAGCAGCCGCAGCAGGAGCCGCAGCCAUCAGAGAAGCAGGCAUAGUUCCAGGGACAGGAGCAGAGAACGCAAAAAAAGAUCCUCAAAAGAAAGAUCUUCCAGAGACAAAGAACGGUCAAGAGAUCAUGACAGAACAUCACGUGACAAAGACAGGAGCUCAAGAGAGAGGUCACCCCGAGAUAACAAAGACAGGAAACGUUCAUAUGAAAGUGCUAAUGGCCGAUCAGAAGACCGGAGGAGCUCAGAGGAGCGUGAAGCAGGGGAGAUAUAACUGCUGUACAGUCACCGGAUCCUCUAGCUUCCUAUGGAGUUGCAUACUAUGGUUUAGUUUACAGUUGUUCAAAGGGACACCAGUGGGCAGUUCCAGACACUGAUCCAACUAGGGUAGAAGUACAGUAUAUAAAAGUGGUUAUAACUAA